UUAAGUCGUCUCGCUAUCGGACUCCUCUCCUUCACAUCUCGAUCUUCGUAUCGGUUAGGGUUUCGCCAUCGGCGAUCGGAAUGGACGCUUUGGACUCCGUGGUCGAUCCCCUGAGAGAGUUCGCCAAGGACAGCGUACGCCUUGUCAAACGCUGCCACAAGCCCGACCGCAAGGAGUUCACCAAGGUUGCUGUCCGCACUGCGAUUGGCUUCGUGGUAAUGGGGUUCGUCGGGUUCUUCGUCAAGUUAAUAUUUAUCCCGAUCAACAACAUCAUCGUCGGUUCUGGUUAGGUCCCCAUGAUUUACCUAGCCUUUGAGAUAAAACAGACAUGAAAUGGAAUUGCAAGUCAUAUCUAGGCUGCUGACAAUCUUGUUUGCUGCUUCAUUGUUCGGCCAUCACUUUCCGUUUGUUAUAAAAGUUUAAUCUUUGUUUUGUUGCUGCUUAUCACUGAUUUUCCUUUUUCUAUUGGAUUAGUUUUGUUUUUAUUUGUACAUUAAAAUUUAAAUAUCUGAGAUCUCUAAUGCGAUUUUCUGGCAA